AUGUGUAUACCACUCUUCAGAAAGAAGAAACAUGAUCUGGUGUACGAUUACCAUCCACAACCAGCCAUGGGCUACUCAAAGAAACACGGCUAUCACAACUACGGAUACCACUACGGCGGCAAGAAGUCGCGUAAAAAUGGCCGUCACUACGCCUCAGCUGCCGGUGAUUUAGCUGGAGCUUGGGCCGAUUACAGCGGAGGAGGUCAUCAUGGAGGAGGUCAUUGUGAUGGCGGUGGUGGGGGCGGCGGUGCAGAUGGUGGAGGUGGAGGAGGUUGUUCAUAA